AUGUCUACAGAUAUUAUUUUUUGUAUCUUAUGUACUUGUGAAAUGAUGUUCGCCCUUCAAAAUUUUCUGAUCUAUUUUCCUUCCAUCCAUAGUGUACUGCACAGGAACUUGUUCUAUGGUAUUAUCCCUAGAGAGAUGGGAGAUUUACGAGAGCUGAAGGUGUUGGAUCUGGGGUACAAUAACUUCAAUGGACCAAUUCCAUCAGAGCUAAUAAACAUUUUAUCCCUGGAAUUUAUCUUUCUUAAAAGAAACAGACUUUAUGGUGAUUUACCUCUUGAACUAAAUGAGCUCAUCAGUCUGUGUGAGUCUCAGGUUCGCCACGGCAGGACUUUCUCAAAUAGGAUGCCCGCUGCAAGAUUUUUCAUUCUAGGUUGUGGAAAAACGGAUGUAGCAUUCCUUCUACAAGUUGUCAUGAGCUGGGACAUAGAAGAAGAGAGCCGACAUAGAAGAAGAGAGCCGACGAGAAGUUGCACAGCGGUUCGCUCCGGUGUCGCUGCCAAUGGCGUUGCGCAAAGUGCAGAUUGCAGGCUAGAUGCGUACGAGUCCAUCCCUACGUCCAUGAUGUUGAAGCAUAGGAAAUCAAGUCAAUUAGAUAGUAUAUCUGGUUCUGAAAGUUGUCUUUUGUGUAGUAUAUCUGGUUAUGAAAGUUGUCUUUUGUGUACGCAGUUUUGCCAUUAUUUUGUAAAAGCUUUGAGUUUUUGA